GUAGCGUGGUCACGUGAUGUGAUGUUAUGUUUUUAUGAGCAUUGCAUUGGAGUAAAAAUCGAUGUUAAAAAGCUGUCUUCGUUAUGUUAGUCUUUAUCUUUUAGUCCAAUAAUUCUCGGGCUAUUUAUAAUGCAAAGUUACCGAAUAAUUUAUGGCUGGACUAUAAAAACUACGCAUUCCAUCAAUGCCAUAGAUGGAUGGGCCGUGAGUACAGAAUAAGUGAGGGUGUCAUCGUCAAGCCAAUCGUUAUGGAAUCUAGUGAACAGCAAACCGUAUGGGUGAAGACGGAGUCGAACGAUGUCACAGAAGACAAGCCUUCGGGGUCUGCUGUGGUUAUUAAACUAGAACCCAUAGAGGGGGGCUUGAGCGAUUCAAAUGUGCCCGGUGUGCUGCAGCCUCACGAUCUGGUGUUUACAAAACACAUGUGCAUUAAAGUCGAAGCGGAGUUCGUAAAGGAUGGGGAGGGACAGGACGCAGGAGGAAACGAGACAGCAGAUCUUUGCGAGAACGAGGCAGGCCCGUGCGAGAACGAGACGGCAGAAGGUGAACCGCAAGAGAAAGAACCACGUCGUGAGGCUCAAACCUCUGCAGCUGCAGAAAAACCUCAUCAUUGUGUCACUUGUCAAAAGAAAUUCUGGUCUUCGAGCGAUUUGAAGAGACACCAGCGGAUUCAUAGUGGCGAGAAACCUUACACGUGUGACAUUUGUCAAAAAACGUUUGUGCACCGGAACUCCUUAAAGUUUCAUACGAGAACCCACACCGGUGAAAAACCUUACCCCUGCGCUGUAUGCGAUAGACGGUUCGCGCAAUUGUGCCAACUGAAGAAACACGAACGAUGCCACACAGGCGAGAAACCGUUUUCCUGCAAAAUCUGUGAUAAGCAAUUCACGCAAGCGGACCAUCUCAGGACGCAUGAGCGAAUACACUCUGGUGAGAGACCUUAUGUAUGUGAUAUAUGUCAAAAGCGUUUUACACAAUCGAGCGCGUUGAAUUUGCAUAAACGUAAUGUCCACACUGCAGAAUCGUAUCACUGUGAUAAAUGUAUAAGAAAGUUUGCGCAAUUAGAUGCGUUGAAAGAACAUGAAAAAGUUCAUACGGAUGAAAAGAGGUUUUCCUGUGAUAUUUGCAGAAAAAAAUUCAAGCAAUUAUGUCAAUUGAAUAAUCAUAUUCGAAGUCACACCGGUGAAAAGCCCUACGACUGCGAAACGUGUCAAAGAAAAUUUGCCCGUUUAGUAUAUUUGAAGAGACACGAAGAACGAGUACAUAAGGAAGAAAAACCGUAUUCCUGUGAAGUCUGUAAAAGAUUAUUUUCAGAUUCGGGCAAUUUGAAGAAACAUGAGCGCAUUCACACUGGCGAAAAACCAUAUUCGUGCGAUAUUUGUAGCAAAAUAUUUGCAGCGUCGGGUAGCUUAAAACACCAUAAACUAAUUCAUACAGAAACAAGUAGAUGUUGACUACAUGUGUCAUUUCUACUAUUUACAACUUCAUAAUCUGGAACAGGACCGCUGUCAAAUCCGUGUGCAGAGAAAUCCGUUUUCAAGCGCCAUCGGCACCAACUUUAAUGAGGGCUACCGUUUUUGUGCUCACCAGUUGGCGCCGCUGUAGAUGUAGUUCCAGAAAAACAGAUCUCAAAAUUCUUCUAUGCUUAUUUUUAUAAAAUCGAUACGUUCUAAUAUACACAGGUAUUUCAACGUCUAAAUGUGUCAUUUUUACAACCUCUUUAAUUUUGCAUAUAUUUUAGUUGGCACUUUUUUUAAACCACUAUCAUUUAUUGAGCUAUAUCUAUUGUUUACCAUGAUUAAUCAAAGAUGGGCUAAGAUUUACCACAAUUAUGAAUAAGGAGUGAACAUUCCCAAUAAAAAAGCUUGAAACCCUCCCAAACUUUUAUCCAGUUGACAUUUUGAAAGAUCUCCAUCUACACUAGCGCCCCUAGCGGCGAAAUUAAGCGCGGUAGCCCUCAUUUUGUUCUAAAUACUAUACUACCGGCAGUUUGAAUAGAUUAGACUGUUGUCCGAAUGGACACAGAAUAAAUAAUAGUACUAGGUACAGAAGAUUCACUCUCUAACAAAACGCGACUAUUACGACAGAUAUGACCGCUAGGUGGAGCAUGCGCAAACAGGCGUCCGUUCCGUAGCGGUGCGCGGCAAUCACUAUGGCUAGACCUCAGAACUGGGGGCGGCCGCAUGUACUUGUAGCGCCGUGGCGAAAUCGCGGAGUGAGCCACGUCUGGAAUGGAUCCAAAUGCUCCCAUGAGUACAAGGGGGCACGAAAACACGUUACAAAAUUGUUUAAGGAAUAAUUUUCCUUAAAAAAAAUUCAUUUAAAGUUAAAACAACAAUCAUUUAACUGAGGCAAAUCGUAUUGUCUUCAAAAUAUUCUCCUUUGGCGUUAAUACAUAGACGCAAACCUUUAUUAAAAUUAAACAAUAUAUACAACAAAGAUAGGGCGAAACUCUGCCCAGGGGGCGCCACUACCACAGUCUGAGGGUGUAUCGCAUAACAAGAAAAUCGAAAUUUCGUUAUCUAACAUCUCUGUCACUUGCAUAUUCGAGCGAUAAAGAGGCAGAUAGCGAAAUUUCGGAUUCGCGUUUCCCGGUAGGUCCUCUGUAUGCAAACCGCCUUGAUGCAUCAAUGUCAUAUUUUAUUGUGUCUGAAAACUUGUCAAUAAACUGUUAAAGGCACAGUAUGUAUAAGUUACUCUAUGGUUUACUAAAUGGACUAGUGCUGCACUCUGGUGGCAGAACAUUGCAGUAAUACCCCCUACUGUCAAUGUAUUUUUGGCCAUCCUGACUAAAUUAGCCAUGCUGACUAAUAAGUAAUAGAUCCACUACCAGUGGGGCGACACUCCUCGUUUCGGGCAAACUCGGCUCCGUUCGGCUCAGCAAUUAUUAGGGUUGGCACAACUUGACGUCCCUUUGCUUGCACGACCACAGGUAAGAUAACGACUUGAUUUUUGACAACCCUAUAUAGCCGAAAGGGAUAGUGCCAUACAUUAGAGAGGGACAGCAUGAUUAUACUCUGAAUCGCGAUCAAAAUUCGGUUUUGUAGGAAGUUUCUUUUCUGUACGGUAGUACUAUUACUUAUUCCGUUCUACUACUAAUAAUACG